UUUCAUUCAACAGGAAGAACAUAUUCGUUAGAGAGAGAGAGAGAGAGAGAGACGGAGCUUCAAGUCUUUCGACAAUGUCCGACGGCGAAGCCGAUCCGGCGAACUCUGGCGCUAGUUCGUCGUCGUUUCCGGAGAAAGAUCCGAGAAAGAUUUCUAGAAAGUAUCAGUUGGAGCUUUGCAAGAAAGCAACGGAGGAGAACAUAAUUGUUUAUUUGGGUACUGGUUGUGGGAAGACCCACAUAGCUGUGCUACUUAUCUACGAGCUAGGCCACUUGAUAAAGAGACCCCAGGAGAACAUAUGCGUUUUUCUUGCACCCACCGUGGCUUUGGUUCAACAGCAAGCAAAGGUCAUAGAAGACUCUACUGAUUUCAAGGUUAAGAUCUGCAGUGGCAACUCUAAGCGCCUGAAGAGCCAUGAGUAUUGGGAAAAAGACAUGAAACAAUAUGAGGUUCUUGUUAUGAUUCCUCAAAUUCUAGUGCACUGCUUAAGUCACUGUCUCAUGAAGAUGGAUUCCAUUGCACUACUAAUAUUUGAUGAGUGUCACCACGCUCAAGUCCAAAGCAACCAUCCUUAUGCUGAAAUCAUGCGAGUCUUCUACAAAACGGAUGCAAUAAAACGUCCUCGCAUAUUUGGCAUGACGGCAUCUCCGGUUAUUGGGAAAGAUGCUUCUAGUGAAGGGAGUUUAGCAAAAAGCAUCAAUAGUCUUGAAAGUUUACUUGAUGCUAAGGUUUAUUCAGUUGAAGACAAAAAUGACUUGGACAGUUUUGUGGCAACUGCGACAGUUAGGGUAUAUUAUUAUGAUCCUGUGGUAAAUGGCUCAUCCAAUCCUUACAUAGCUUACUACAAUAAACUUGGAGACCUGAAACGUGAGUGCGUGUCUGAACUUAGUUCGAAGAAAGAUGACUUGCAAAGUCUAAGGAACUCAAAGAAACUGCUAAACAAACUACAUGAUAAUAUUAUAUUCUGCUUGGAAAAUCUUGGCCUUUGGGGAGCAUUACAAGCUAUUCGCAUUCUUUUGAACCACUCUGAGCGUAAUGAACUAAUAGAGGCAGAGGGAGAUUGCAGUAAUGAUUCUUUAUGUGAAAGAUAUCUUGCUCAGGCUGCUGAUGUCCUUGCUUCUGACUGUACAAAAGAUGUUGUUGGAUCUGAUCUAUCUCGCAUUGAUGUAUUGAAAGAGCCAUUUUUCUCAAGCAAGCUUUUGAGACUUAUUGGAAUUCUUUCCUCCUCCAGGGUAAAUCCAAAUACGAAAUGUAUAAUUUUUGUUAACAGGAUCAUCACAGCAAGAUCCUUGUCAUGCAUACUGCAAAGCCUCGAAUUUCUGGCAUUUUGGAAUUGUGAUUUGCUUGUAGGAAUAAACUCUGGAUUGAGGAAUGUGUCACGCAAGACCAUGAAAAUCAUUCUCGAGAAGUUCCGAUCUGGAGAUUUAAAUCUAUUGAUUGCAACUAAAGUAGGUGAAGAAGGACUUGACAUUCAGACAUGUUGCCUGGUGAUACGAUUUGAUCUCCCAGAAACUGUUGCUAGCUUCAUACAAUCGAGAGGUCGUGCGCGCAUGCCUCAGUCUGAAUAUGCAUUUUUGGUGGCUAGGGGCAAUAAAAAAGAGAUGGAUCUGCUAGAAAACUUUAGAAGAGAUGAACGUCAAAUGAACUUUGAAAUUGCUCAAAGAACAUCUAACGAGAUAUUUAUAGGCUUGGAAGAAAAAGUAUAUAAAGUUGAUUCAUCUGGUGCUUCCAUUUCUUCUGCAUAUAGUAUAUCAUUGCUCCACCAAUAUUGUUCGAAACUUCCACAUGAUGAGUAUUUUGACCCCAAACCAAAGUUCUUUUUUCUUGAUGAUUUGGAGGGAACUGUAUGUCAUAUAGUUUUGCCUUCCAAUGGUCCAAUUCAUCAAAUUGUCAGCACACCCCAAUCUUCAUCAGAAGCUGCUAAAAAAGAUGCUUGUCUUAAAGCGAUUGAAGAGUUGCAUAAAUUGGGAGUGUUUAAUGAUUAUCUCUUGCCAAUGCAAGAUAAAUCAUAUUUGGAGGGGCCAAUGCUCAACUCUUCUGAUUCUGACAACCAUGGAGAUGAGGGUACCCGAGUAGAAUUGCAUGAGAUGUUAGUUCCUGCUUUGCUUAAAGAGCCAUGGAAAAGUUCAGAUGUUCCUGUUUAUCUUAACUCUUACUAUAUAGAAUUUAUGCCGAAUCCUGUGGAUAGAGUCUAUAAAAAGUUUGGUCUGUUUCUCAAGGCAAAUCUCCCAGUAGAGGCCGAGAAAAUGGAACUUGAGCUUCAUUUGGCUCGUGGUAGAUCAGUGAUGACAAAGCUGAUCCCAUCGGGAGUUGCAGAAUUUUAUGAAGACGAGAUUACUUUGGCAGAGAAAUUUCAAGAAAUGUUUCUCAAGGUCAUCCUUGAUAGGAUGGACUUUGUCCCCGAAUAUGUCCAAUUGGGAAAGAAUGACUCUUCUGAAUCAAGCUCAUCAACCUUCUACCUGUUGCUCCCAGUAAAUUUUCAUCAUCAUGAAAAUACAUUGAAUAUAGAUUGGAAGAUUAUCAGAAAAUGUUUAUCAUCUCCAGUUUUCAGGAGCCCAGAAAAUAUAGUAGCAAAUAAAGUUCUUGUGUCAAAAGACACCUUGCAACUUGCUCGUGGUUGCAGAAGAAAAGGUGAUAUUGAGAAUAGUUUGGUUUAUGCUCCUCAUAAGAAGGGCUUUUUCUUCAUUGCCAAAAUUGUCGAUGAAAAGAAUGGGCACAGCCCGUGUGAAGAAUCAAGGACUUUAAGCUACAUGGAGGAUUUACAUGAAAAGUUUGACAUCCAACUUAAAUACCCUGAACAACCACUUUUGCAAGCAAAACCGCUUUUCUCUUUGCAUAACUUGCUGCAUAACCGGGGGCAAGACGAAUCUGCAUCAAGUCACCUAGAUGAGUAUUUCAUCUAUUUGCCUCCCGAGCUUUGUCAGCUGAAGAUAAUAGGCUUUUCGAAAGAUAUUGGGAGUUCAAUUUCUUUGUUACCAUCAUUUAUGCAGCAUUUGGAGAACUUGCUUGUUGCCAUUGAACUGAAGAAUGAAUUAUCUGUUUCAUUCCCCGAGGGAUCUGAAGUUACUGUCUUGAGUGUUCUAGAAGCACUUACCACUGAGAAGUGCCAGGUGGGUUUCUCUCUUGAAAGGCUCGAAAUACUUGGUGAUGCUUUUCUCAAAUAUGCUGUUGCAAGGCAUCUUUUUCUUUUGCAUGGUACCCUUGAUGAAGGUCAACUUACAAAGAAGCGGUCUAACAUUGUCAACAAUUUGAAUUUAUUCAAGCUAGCAUGUAAGAGGAACUUACAGGUAUACAUACGGGAUCAAACAUUUGAUCCCUGUCACUUCUUUGCUUUGGGCCGUUCAUGUCCAAUAGUCUGCAAUUCCGAAACGGAGAAAAAUAUUCAUUCUAAAUAUUUGAACGGCGUGGUAAAUAAGACAAAUCUCAGUGAAGUCAGAUGCAGCAAAGGUCACCACUGGUUGCAUAAGAAAACAGCUGCUGAUGUUCUUGAAGCUCUUAUCGGAGCAUUUAUUGUUGACAGCGGCUUUAAGGCUGCAACUGCAUUCCUUAGAUGGAUUAGCAUAAAAGUUGACUUUGACGCCUCACAAGUCACUGAUGUUUGUAUAGCAAGUGCUAUCUACAACCCACUUGCUGCUCAAAUUAACAUCGGAGCUCUUGAGAAUUUAUUAGGGUACCAGUUUGUCCACAGGGGUCUGCUUAUACAGGCAUUUGUUCAUCCUUCUUACAACAGGCAUGGAGGAGGCUGCUACCAGAGGUUGGAGUUUUUAGGAGAUGCUGUAUUGGAUUAUUUAAUCACCUCGUACCUGUAUUCAGUCUAUCCAAAAUUAAAGCCUGGUCAGUUGACAGAUUUGAGAUCAGUGUUCGUGAAUAAUCAAGCCUUUGCAAACGUUGCAGUUGAUCGAUCCUUUCCAACAUUUCUCAUCUCUGAUUCCAGUAGCCUUUCUAAAGCCAUAAAUAAAUAUGUGAAAUUUAUCCAAGCGCCUCCAUCAGAAAGCAGUCAGGAUGAUUGGCCAAAAUGUCCAAAGGCUCUUGGUGACUUGGUUGAGUCCUGUGUUGGUUCGAUUCUGCUUGACACAGGUUUCAAUUUGAGCCGUAUUUGGGAAAUAAUGCUAUCCUUUCUGGAUCCAAUCAUAAGCUUUUCCACUUUGAAGAUUAGUCCUAUUAGGGAGCUACAAGAGCUUUGCCAAUCUCAUUCUUGGAGCCCUCCUUUUUCAGUAUCAAACAAGGGUUCUAUGUACUUGGUCGAAGCAAAAGUGAAUGGUGACAAUGUUUGUGCAUCUGCUUCUGCAACCAGCUCGAGCACAAAGGAAGCAAAGAAAAUUGCUGCAGAACGAGUAUCUGUACAGUUGAAGGCUCAAGGCUUCAAACUCAAAUCUAGUUCUUUGGAGGAAGUCUUGAAAUCAAGCAGCAAGAUGGAGGCCAAACUUAUUGGAUAUGACGAAAAACCAAUAGAUGUAGCACCACCUCCCGAUUCCAUUGGAUUUGAGAAUCUGGCUUUAGAAGAACCCGUUGUCACUAAGUUUGUCACCAAAGUCCGUUCCACAAAUGAACCAAUGGAUGUUUCCUCAAGCAAACCAGCAACAAGUAAACAGCCCCAGUCUAAUAGCAAGGCCAUUAAAAAUGACGACCUUGACACUGAAUCACAGACAAUGGGUACUGCAACAGCGAGAUCCCGCCUGUAUGAAGUUUGUGGUGCUAACUUUUGGAAGCCUCCUUUGUUUGAAUGCUGGAAUGAGGGACCUGGCCACUUGCAAUUAUUUACUUGCAAGGUUUUGGUUGAAAUAGAAGAAGCUCAGGAUAUGAUUUUGGAGUGCUUUAGUUCAGCUCAUCCCAAGAAGAAAGCAGCAGCAGAACAUGCUGCGGAAGGGGCACUCUGGUUCUUGAAACAACAAGGUUAUUUGUGUUGAUAACCAAAUUGACACGUUUCUUUUAGUUUAUUUAUACACUAAUAUAUAUUUAUAAAUAUAGAUAUAUAUUUUUAAAUAUAUGCAUGCAUUCAUGUUAUGUAUAUAUUUGGCUCAAGAGAUUAGAAGGCCUCCUUUCCCAGUUAUAUGAAUAUCUUGUAUUUACUAAUGAAUAUAAACCCAUGGACUCCU